AUGAGAGGCGAAGGCGGUGAUAUUGACAGUGGUGAGAAAUGUGGGAGACACGUAAAUUAUGGGAGUCCCCUUGCCUCCUUUGUUGUUGCGCAGCGAAUGGUAUUAGUGCCCACAUGCCCGUUCUAG